GUCGUGUUUCGCCAUUCUAAGCGAACGUUAUUGUGGCUAAUAAAAUAAGCAUCGGUCUGUAGAUAAAGUGUGUUUGUAUGUCGGUUUUCGUCGAUAAUAAGUGUUGUGUUUACUUUCACCCGUGCGAAUGUCUCGAUCCUUAAGUUUUUUAUUUGUUUUUUCUUUAUUAAUUGCCGUAUGGAUCGGCGCUUACGUUUCAGUUAACCCUUUAUUUUGAAACGAUGGAACGUUGUUCUUAUGGUUUUUACACCAAAAGAUCUGAGAUAUUAGAUAAUAUCCAGAAGAAAAAGGAUCAAGAUAAAGAACGACCGCAAAGCCCUAGCUUUCAACAACAAAUACCAAAACCUGCAGAGAAGCUAGUACACCCACCAGAUGUGCCAAAUUCAAAUUUAGUCAACCAACAUGUUCCAACUCAGCUUCUUUCACCCCCACAUAGUGCUGCAUCAUCCAUUCAAACAAAAGAAGACCCUAAAGACAAAGCAAUAAAAGUCACAAACUCUACCACCAUCACUUUGAUUGAAAACAGUAAUUUGAAUUGUGAAAAGGAUAAAGACAAUAAUUAUCCUAAGAAUUAUUUCACUCUUGAACCAAAAAAUGACAAAAAAGAUGAUGGUACUAAGAAUAGCAUAACCAUAACAAGAACUGCACCAAAAUCAUCUCCUGGUAGUGGGCCAGUGGAUAAGGCUAAAGUUGCAGCAAAGCCGGCUAAACGACCAUUGCAAUACUUGGAAACUCUAGCCCAAAAAGCUGGAAUAACAACUGAGGAUAAAUACGAGGCUGCCAAUACUCUACUCGCUUUAGACAAGCAAAACAAUUCAAUUAGAAGGCCUGAACUCAAACAACCUAAAACUGAACCUGAUAAUCAUACACAAUCAGAGGACUACAGAUAUAGAAAUCAAAAAGAAGAUGAUGAUAAGAUACAGAUACAACAUCAAAUAAUACAUCAACAACAGCAUCAACAUCAGUUGCAGCAGCUGCAACAGCAACAACAACUCCAGCAACUGCAGCAACAUCAAAUCCAACUGCAACAGCAAGCAUUUCAAAGACAGCACCAGGCUAUUCAGCAACAUCUGAAAAACCAACACGAUCAAGAAUUGCUUCAGAAGCAGUUCCAGCAACAGCAACAUCAACAACAGCAGCAGCAUCAACAGCAGCAGCAACAACAGCAGCAGCAACAACAGCAGCAGCAACAACAACAACAACAACAACAGCAGCAGCAGCAGCAGCAACAACAACAACAAGUUCAACAACAAGUCCAACAACAGGUUCAACAGCUAGUUCAACAGCAGCCGAAACAGGAGCCAAUCCAACCUCAACAACAGGACUUGCAACAAAAAAUAAUGGUGGUCAACAACGGACAGUCGCUGCACACGCAGCAAUUCAACGUGCCGGGUAUUGGAGAGAUCAAUCUAAGUUUUCUUGCUCCACCACAGAAUGUGAACCUACUCUUCGAUAAGAACCAAAAGCCCAGCAUGAGUAGUGACCUAAAGUCACAAUCAAUUACAGAAGGACAAAGUCAACAGUUGAAUAUGCCGCAGCACGAUUCUAACCAACACCACCAAACGGUGACUGUCGUGUCUUCAAUUCCAAGCAGUAUGGCACCUCAUCAGGUUCAGCAACAAGCAGGUAUUCAACAACAGGCGGGUAGUUUAUCCAAUAUGUCGUCACUGCAAGGCUCAGUCACGGGUCUACAGAACACACAACACCCCCAGCAAUUGAGCGCGGAUUGGGGCCAUGGGCGGGUGCAAGUGAUACAGCAGCCAAUACAAAAUAACACGUAUUUGCAGCAGUUGUACAAUGCACAGGGUCCUUUAUUGAUGCCAAGCAAUAUUGCUCUUCAUCCCGGACUCAAUUCGCAACAAAUUCAGGUCAUUGCCGCUGGAAAACCAUUUCAGGGUAAUCAGUUAACACCUCACAUGCUCACCACGCAAGGGAAGCAAAUGCUACAAGGGCAAACUGCCACGUUCCCAGGAUAUACGACGAUACCAGCCAUACCCACUACGCAGAAUCAGACGUUUGUGUUUAGCCCACUCGGUGUGCUCAACUCACAGCCGAACAUUCUCCCAGCACAUUCGCAAGCUGCUCCUGGGAUUACACAGCAACAGAAGCCAGGAGAUAUGCAUAAGAUGAUGAACAGUGCUAAAGUAUCUGGGGGAAAAUUGACAGCUACCAAUAAUCAAGCAGUACCUGUACAAGCUCAAUGUGUACAAGUCUCACAGCCAGUUCUUGGUCAACAGACUCAAACUCAAAUCAUAAGUCCACUACAGGCUGGGGGUCAGAUGCAAUUUGCACCAUGGCAAAUAUCAGGGGCUAUACCUCAAGUAUGGACAGGUGGGCUACAGGCAGGCCCAUUACCUGCUGGGGGGCUCCUAGCCCCAAACCCCAUAUUCAUCAGAGGCACACAACCAGAGGCGCCCCCCUCUAUGUUUAUACAACAUUCACCACAAAAUGUGCAGCAUACUAAUGCGAGUGUGUCGGCUCCAACACCAACGACCUCGAAACCUCGUGCAUCUUCCGAAGGGAUGGCAAAAACCUCCCGUCCUCUGUCAAAUAUAUUGCCUUCAGGCGGCAUAAGGCCGGCGUCAAGUGUUUCAACACAGACAAACACAAAUCAAUCCCAGAACUCGUCAAACAAACGAAGCAAGCCAGGAGUUAGGUCGCCAGCCCCUGCUACUAAACAAGAUGCUGCUAACCAGACGAACAAAAUGCAACAUCAAAUACAGCAUACGAAGCAGCAGGUACUGGUUAUGAACUCUAACGGACAAAUAACAAGUGUUGAGAAACAGACACUCAACAAAAACAUGCAACAGCAAAAUAUUAUGCAGCAGCAUUCCUUACAGCAGCAGCAGCAACAACAACAGCAACAGAUUUUGCAGCAACAGAAUCAGCACUAUCAGCAGCAAGGUAUGCUGUCACAAGGAAAUUUGCCCCUUGGAUCGAGUUCCCAAACAUUACCCAUGUCAGGGUUGCCACAUGUUUCCAUGGUUCAGCAAAUUCAACCAGUUAGCAGUAUCCCUCCUCCUGUGAGCUCAUUGGUCAGUCAAAUGAAUUCCAGCCAAUCCGGACAGGGGUCUUUACCACAAAUGCCAACAAUUCAACAACAAUCACAAGUAUCGUCUAAUAGUUCCUCUCAUCAAUCUCAACUAACAAUGCAGACAUCCAUGAAUCUGAUCGCAUCGACUGUGCAAAGCUCCGUGCUACCUCCCCAUCCACAUCUACCGCACAAGAGUGAAGAAAAAACUCAGGCUCAACUUGCAACGGCAACUGUGGUACAGCAGAUAUCACUUCAGGUCACAGAUGCAACCUCCGAGCCUGCAACUCUCAAUAUGCCAAUGCUGACAGAUGUUUCUGUGUCAACAACUACGUUGGCAUCAGAUCCGGCAAGAGAUAUAUCUAAAAAGAGUCCAACUAAAGUUGACUGUGUUAUAUCAGCAACAAAAACUUCAUUGACCACCAGUAUGGCGGUGUCAACAUCGGCAGUAACAAACAAAGCUCAGUCUACCACCGUCCCUCCAGAGGUAAGAACCGCUGUUGCAACAUCAAAAACAACCGUGAGUUCUGCGAGCGGGUUGACAAGUGGCUUCACAAGCACCUCCACAACUGGCUCAACAGGCAUGUUCAAAAAUACGCCAAGCACCAGCAGAAAUAUGAGCUCCACCCAAGUAACGGAUAAAGGAUUACCAAAAGCCAUGGUAAAACCAAAUAUCCUUACACAUGUCAUUGAGGGCUAUGUAAUACAAGAAGCUGCCGAGCCGUUUGCGGUAAAUCGGCCGCUGCGUGAGUUUGGUACAUUGGAAAGGGAGCCACAACAAGAGACAAAGCAUUCAAUGUCUGAACCUCCACGUAAAAAGAAAAUGAUGAACGACGGCACCUUGGUACACAUAUCUUCGAGUACAGAGCCAAACACUGCCAAUACAUUAGCGACAUCUGAAAACAGAGCUGAAACUAAUUGUGAAUCUUCAGAGACGAGCACAGUCACUAAGAAUGAUGUUCUAGGUUGGACGGUGCGAGACGUUUUCGAAUUUAUCCGCAAGAUACCGGGAUGUGCCUGUUAUGCGGACGAGUUCUUAAUGCAAGAGGUUGACGGCGAAGCUCUGUUGCUUAUAAAGCCCGAGCACCUUGUGAUGGCACUGUGCAUGAAGCUCGGGCCCGCGCUUAAGAUAGUCUCAUGCAUCGACGCUCUGCGCCCCGAUAGCGAAGACCGUGCUGAUCUGAACAGUGUCGACAUGAAUCACUCGUUUGACGGUUAUUAUAUAAGCAACAACAGCAGCAGUGCUUAAGAUAACUAUAAGGAGGUUCUUACAAGAGCUUAAACAAACCGAAACAGUGUUCACUUUAACAAAUAUAUUAGUUAUAUGAUUACAUUAUACAACAUGAUUGUGUUAACUAAGUCUACUUAUAUUAUUUCUAAUUAAUAUAAAUUUUAGAAGAUUUAUUUUAGUUAAAGCCACUAUGAGGGUUAUGUAUAUAUGUUAAAGCUACUUGAGUAUUGAAAUUAACUUCACAUCUCUUAUGUAACUUUUUUCAAGAAUUUAUUAGGAUACAGGAGAAAAAGUCUAACAGCUUUAUAGAGAGGAUUUUCACUGUUCUGUGAGUAUGCUCGAACCGAGUGCAUUAAUGUUAGCUAGAUAGCAAAGGAGUGCACUCGGAUGCUGGCUUACACGCAUCCGAGUUUAAUGUCCGUUUAAUGUUUGGGUCGUUCUAAUUUAUUAUUGAUGAUGACCACACCAUACUUACUGAUAGAUCUAGAAAUGGUUACAUCCUACACAGCUAAUCAUUGAAUAUGCUCUUAGCGUGUGUACAAUUUUCGCGCGACAAACGCGCGAGUUUACAGUCAUUUGCCACUCGAGCCAAUAUGUUGAUAUAAAUUCAAAAUCAUUUUCGAGUAUCGAAACAGUCAAUUUCAUUGUCAAUUGUUCAUUUUUACGUAUUCGUUGCGAGCGAAUUCACCAAAACUACAACCGUCCCAACUGCGCGCGAGCGAAGGACAGAAGCUACUUUGAUGCGGUCUCAAGGCCAAUUACAUUAGUUGAAUAGUGUAAAUUGGCCUUUCGAGUGCGGUACCUCGUCUAGAUAGGUCGCGGCGGCCGCGCGCGCCUAUGUUCGAUGGUCUGCCGCGCGUAAUUUGAACGCACCUUUAUUCACGUAAUGCGUUUUUUAUGAAAUAGUAUAUACGCAUUCUUUUUUGCGCUCUUUUUAAUAAAACGACGACCAUAAUCACUGACCAUUCAGCUAUCUGCAUGGUCAGUGAUCGUGACUACUUAAAUAGAGGUCCCGGGUUCGAAUCCCGUUAGGUUAGGUAGGCAUUUAUAUAAUAAAUAUAGACGUUUGUUUCCGAGUCAUGUAUAUACAUGUAUAUAUGUAUGCUUAAGUAAGUAUAAGUAAAUAUAAGUAUUAAAUAUAUCGGUGUCUUGUAUCCAUAGUACAGGCUAUGCCUAGUUUGGGGCUAGAUAAUUUGUGUAGAAAGGUGUCUAUAAAAAUAAACAUAAAUUUACAAUAUUGUGCUAUCAUCGUUAUCGCUAUAAAAUAAUCAUAACCUAGACCCAGGCUGUCCGAUCACUUAGAUAUUCAGCUGUGGAGUAGUAGGAUCUACGACGUACGAUGUGGGAGACUUAGCGACAAGAGAGCAUCUAUUAUCCUCUCUUACCAACAUAAGAAAGAAUGGCAUCUUUAAAUCCCUAUUAAUAAUAGUUGUUUUUCAACCCAGUCUGUAUCCAGAUGUGUUUUUUUAUGGAAGAGGAGGACAAAGGUAUGGGCACCUGAUGUUAAGUGUUAGUUAAUAAAACACCACAUGCAUUACAAGAUCGUUGCCAGCCUCUUAGAAUUCGCUUUUUUGAAGGUACCCAUAUCGUAUAGUCCCGAUAACAUUCCAUAAGGAAGCUCAUUCCACAGCUUGGUUGUACGUGAAAAGUGUAAGAAACUUCCUUGAACCUUCACUGUUUACUGUUUAUAUUUUUGUUGGUUAACAUCACUAUGCAGUAUAUAACAAAUACCUAGUUGUUCCUUUCAGACAUGUAUAUAUAUACGCAUUUUGGUGGUAUACAUUAUAAGCCAAUUCAGUGAUAAUAAUUCGAUAAAAUCAGUAUUAGCCAAUAUCAGUUAAAAUCGACAUAACAAAAAAUGUUUAAAACAUCUGCACUUAUGUAGGUACGUAACAUCGCGACUAAAGUCAGCAGCGGCGGCCCGCGACUUUCUCAAAGGCUCAAAAAAUUAUCACUGCUCUGAAUUGCAAAUAUAAAAUGUUGAGCAGUUAGAGCUCUUUCGUACUAGGUACGUCCGAUCCAAAUCCGAUCCGUACCCGUGAAAAACGGUCUGAUGUAGUCGUAGAACUAUUUCUAUGGUAGUUUACACACUAGAUCCGGCUUCCGUCAACCGAUAGAAAUAGUUCUACCACUACAUCGGACCGUUUUUCACGGGUACGGACCGGAUUCGGAUCGGACGUAGUGCGAAAGCACUCUUAUUCUAAAUGAGAUGAUUUUUACAAUUAACUAUCGUUUCUGAUCAUGCCCUUGCGGGAACAACAGGGUGCUUGCUACAAUAUAUUAUAAUAAUUAUUAUUGAAGUCAAACUUCUUUUGGCACGUUCGGGAAAAAUUAUCAGUGUGAAUUUUAACGAUGCGCGCGCACGCCGUCACGUAAAUUUGACACCCUGACGUUAGCUGGACAACUAGACCAUUUGUAUUAAUUAAUUAGUGCAUCAAUUAAUUAAUUCAAACUUCAGCUACUUGGUAGAGAGGUUUGGGCCUCUUGUAACUUUUAUAUUAUUUACAAGAGUUCUACUGAACCACAACCAAUGCACGGUAAUUAAAUAAAUUUUCAAUUUAUACAAUUUUUCCAAUAAUUAUAUUUAAUUUUUCGUUAUUUAACUUAAAUAUACGGUAUUUCAAUUAUUUAAUUGGUUGCAUUUAAUACGUUGUUUCUACAAUAUUUUUCAUACUGCAAAAGUAAAAUAGCACGAGGAAUAAUUUUUUCAAGGAUUUUUGUUGCCUUACGCCAAAGAAAAAUAACUUCUUGCGUGCGUACAUUAGUAUAUACACACUUUUUAUUAUUACAAUGAUGUAAGUGAUUUAUUAUAGUGCUAAGGCUGCACUAAAAGUAUUGGGAAUGGAAUAUUUCCACUGUUCCUGUCAUAUUAAAAUAUUUUUAAUUGAAAACUCCUUGGUUUCAAAAUUUAAUAAUUUAAAAAAAGAUUCUCGGUCUUCUCACAAGGUCUUUUCAAACUUGUUUAGUCGUUGAGAAAAUGGAAUUGACUCGAGAAAAUUCUAGAGCGAUGAUUUAUUAUGACUUUCGAAGUGGUUUAACACAAAAACUGUGUGUUGACCGGAUGAUUUCUGCAUUUGGUGAUGAAGCCCCAUCCAAAACCACAAUUUAUCACUGGUUUGCUGAAUUUCAACGUGGACGUGUCAAGCUCAGUGAUGAUCCCCGAAGGUCGUCCAAAAACUGCAGUCACCAAAGAAAACGUUGAUGUUGUGCGUAAGUUGAUUGAUGACAUACCGCGAAAUUCAGGCAACUUUAGACAUUGGCAUGAGUCAAAUACAAAUAAUCUUGCAUGAACAACGAUGGAUACCGCAUUUGCUCUGUGAAGAGCAAAAAGCGGCUCACGUUACUUGGUCCGUCAGAACUCUCGAAAGAUUCCACGCAGGAUCCUCAAAUGCUGUAUACAACAUCGUAUCAGGUGACGUAUCCUAGGUAGGUGCUAUACACGUACGAACCCGAAACAAAAAACCAGUCACGAGUUUGGGUGUUCGAAAAUGAGUUAAAGCCAACAAAAAUUGUUCGUUCACGGAGUGUUGCAAAAAAAAUGGUGGCCACGUUUGUCUCCAAAACCGGCCAUGUUGCGACUAUUCCUCUUGAGGGACAAAGAACGGUUAAUGCAGAAUGGUAUGCUAGCAUUUGUUUGCCACAGGUCGUUUCUGAACUCCGUAAAGGGAACUGCAACCGCCGCAUCAUCCUCCAUCACGACAAUGCGAGUUCUCACACCGCGCACAGAACGAAAGAGUUUUUAGAGCAAGAAAACAUAGAAUUAUUAUACCACCCGCCGUACAGCCCCGACCUAAGCCCUAAUGAUUUCUAUAUUUUUCCUAAAAUAAAGAGUAAAUUGCUUGGUCAGAGAUUUUCAUCAGCUGAAGAAGCUGUGGACGCCUACAAAACGGCCAUUUUGGAGACCCAAACUUCCGAAUGGAAUAGUUGCUUCAAUGAUUGGUUCCAUCGUAUGGAAAAAUGUGUCAAAUUUCGCGGAGAAUACUUCGAAAAGCAAUAAAUACAUUUUUAAAUAGUAACGUUGUGUCACUUCCUUGAUUCCCGAUACUUUUAGUGCAGCCCUCGUAACUCAAAUAAAUUAAACCUACACUUAUAAUUUCACAAAAACUCUUUUGGAAUUUUAACGCAAAAAACUCAGGAGUAUUUUUUUAUUUGAUGUAGGUAAAUAAAUAACAUGCAUAUACCCAGUUGCGGUAAUCGAGACUGGCGAAAUAAUUAUAAAUGGAGCCCGCGAACUUAUGACAAUGUAUACGUAUAUUUGCUGUCUAUUGAUAAGUUAUUGUAUUGCUUGAUAAAAGUAACACUUUGGUAAACAGGGAAUGUAAUAAUUAAUGUUUGUGAUUUAGAAAUAAUUUCUUUCCUUUGCAUGUAUGUACAUAUGUGUUGUUGUGCCGUUGUGUAAAUAAAUAAAGCACGUUUAUUUUGCGAUAUUUAAUAAUAACCCUUUGUUGGUCGUAAUGCGAAGUGGUUUUUAAAUGUUUUUUCAGAAAACAGUUAUCGUACAUAAGUUUAUGUGCUUUGGUGUAUAUUCGUUUCAUGCAUUGGCACCUUCGUUGGACAUAUGUCGAGAUCUCCGCCUAAGUAUAUUUAAGUGUAAACAUUCUUUUGCUAAUGAAUAAUAAAUUUAGCUUAGUUUUCGUUUACAGUUCCCGAUUCGUUUGCAAUAUUCGGAAACUUGAUUUAUUUAUAAGUAUUUACUAUUAAGGCACCAAAUAUUAAUAAUAGUUUUCUUUAAGGGUCCUGUGCGUGAAACAUGCUGUCGCGUUUACUUAAUAUAAAGUACGUAUAUUUUGAGACAUAAUAUUUGAUCCAAGAUUAAAAUUACACAGUAAUUUUUUUAUGGCGUAGGUAAGUAUUUUGAGAGAGAAAAAUUAGUAUGAGUACUUUAUAGUUUUAAAAGCUAGACGUUUCAAUUAAACAAAUAUUUUAUAAUUUUAAAACAAUUUUUUUUUUUUAUUUGACAUAGUAUGCUCUCACAUACACAUUUACAUAAAUAUUUCAUGCAAAAUUAUGUAGCUAAUCGUAAACAAAUACUUGUAAAUUUGUCUAUAACAGCUAAAUUGAUUUUCUACCAUACCAACAACAAACUUCACUUCACUAUAAUAUACACUUGUUACACUAGCAGUAUUCUGGAGUAUUUGGAACCGCAUCUUCUGUACAAUGUCCCCCCCCCCCCCAUUAUAUUUUCUCAUAAAAAAAAUCUUAUUACCCCCUAUAUAUUCACUCGAAGGUAGGACCUUUAAUUUUAGAUCAUAGUUUGUUUAUAUUUGCUGUAGUUUUCUAUUGCUAUAUAAUAUAUUAGGUCAUAAUUUUGAUUAUGAUUAUUUUCUAUUUAUAGUUUUUUUUUAUGUUGUAAGUUUAUAUUUCUAUAGGGAGUUUAUAUAUCUGUUUAGGAGUAAGUUUUUUUUUUCGUUUUAAACUACGGUUGGGCUAGUUAAAAUAACUAAAAACCCCAUUUGGUUUGAGUAGCUUUUGGAGUCCUCCGUUAAUCUAAAACAAAUCUCAUAGGAUCUGCUAUCCUAAUUGUUAUCUUAGAAAAUAUUUACAAUUUGUAGAUAUUUCUUACGUCCUAUAUUUAAUUUUUAAGCGGAGAAUGCAAUGUGCAGGUACUGUGAGCCGUAAGUUAUUGUGUGGCAUAUAUGAAUAUGGUGUUUAAGUCCAAUUCUUGGCAUAUCCAGUUGUAUUCGAUCUGCACAUUUUGAUUGUAAAUAAGUGUAGGCUUAUUAUAUUUUUUUGCUAAACCUCUCUUAAUUUCCUUAUUAUUAUUUAAGGUUAUAUUAAGUUGUAUUUACUACAAUAUAUGGUGCUACGUAAUACUAAUUGACGAUAUUCGUGAAAUGACCAGGCGUUUCGAGUAGUGUAAAUGCCUAGAUUAUUAGGUCUUAAAGAAUAUUGUUGCAUGAUUUGUUAAGUAUGUUUAGACGAUUGUUGAUUUCCUGUCGCCUUAGUAGUUCCGAAAGAAAGGUCAGUGUAACAGUACAAUAAUUUAUCAGUAGCUAAUAACCACAUGAAUCUUAUUAAAAUAAGUGUGUUGUCUAUAGACUCGUGUGUCGUUCGUAUUUUUAUUCAAUUGCUGGUUUAAAUCCGUGUCGACCACGCCAUCUCCUGUGUUCUGACAUGUUACAAAAAUAUAUAUUAAGAGUUUGUAUCUUUUGCAGAAAUUCGUUAUGAUUCAUUUUACUCUUAGAUGAUUUAUACGCCUAGAUAGAGUCUCGUGCUGAUAGACAACCGAUGAGAUCAGGCUGCGUACACGCGCGAUUUGUAUGACACUUUGUGUUAGUGUGCGUGCAUUGCUCAAAAUAGAGGUUAACUGACAACCUCAUUUUUUUUUUCAGGUUUCCACAGCUGUUAUAGUCUAUCUAGACGUAUAAAUUAUCUAAAAUUUUACUGUAGUUAUAUUGUGCAUAAUACUGUCGUUAUAUUAUGUUAUUAGCUGACAAAAAUCUAUAUUUAACUUGCAUACAUUUUGUAAAGAACAAAACUUUCGCUAGGUGGAAACCACCCAAAAAUUCUGAUUUAUAUUAACAUACUUUAACUUAUUAAUGAUUUGUUUUGUUAAAUGUUGCUCAAUUGAAACAUGUAACAACGUCUUGUUUGAAAUAAAGAAAUAAAUGAUGACUGAUUUUA